GGAAACACACUGUAGCAGGGCAGUGCGGUGCAGCGUGUACACCUGCAUGGACUUCUUCCUGUGAUGAGCGUCUAUUGCCUUUCAAGUACGUUUGCUCGAAACUGGGAAAGUCGCCCAGCCUCCGACUGAAGGUUGAUCUCCACCUGGGACAGAGGGCUCCGACAAUUCAACUACAGCCAUGAGCGAGCCAUAGGUUAGCCGCUUCCGGAAAACAACCUUCACACAGAAAAUCAAAAUGAAGACACCACUGUUGAAUCUGGAUUAUUGUUUCAUUUUCACCAUUUGAAUGGAUUCAUAAAUGUAGACUCAUGAAAUACACCAGAAGCAGUGUCUGAGGAGAUAAGAGGACGCAGAUCUUUUGCGGAGACACUGAGCUUUGGACUGAGCUCCCUCAACCAAAUGGCUGCCGUAGAAACCAAAGCUGCUGGCGGCGGCAGCUCUGCAGGUCUCUCAUGGGCGCGGGUAUGUAAAGAGUGUGGCCAGCAGCACGAGGGCCAGGACAGCCACCUGUACGAGUAUCAGGACGAGGUGGACGAUGAGUUGGUUUGCCACAUCUGUCUGCAGCCACUGAUCAGACCUAUGGACACCCCUUGUGGCCACACUUACUGCUUUCAUUGUCUGAGCAACUUCUUGAAAGAGCAGGACUUCUGCCCCGUGGACCGCCAGCGGCUGCAGUUACAUCAGUGCCGUCCCUCCAGCCUGCUGGUCAGGAACCUGCUGGACAAGCUGACUGUGAUGUGCCCUCAUUAUGAAGAGUGCCAGCAGCAGAUGCAGCGCUGUGAGCUCCAGCCUCACCUGCACAACAGAUGUCCUGCUUUUAGAAGACUUAGGGAGGAAGCAGAGAAGAGGAAGAGGCCCUCGUGGAAUGAGUUAAAGGGACGUAAGGGUGACGGGGAGUCGUCUGGUGAUGCUAAACAUUCAGCAACGCUGUCUCGAAAUCCCACCCGGGAUCAGCCUGAGCCUGGCCUGAUUAAUCCUGCCUAUGAGGAAAGCGAGGACGACAACACCCCUCUGCGGUCUAGUCUGGUGGCCGAGGCCAACGUGGUGGAGCUGUACAGAGAGGAGCCAGAGGAGGAGCUGGGCUUUCGCAUCGUGGGGGGGAAAGACACGCCGCUGGGGAACAUUGUCAUCCAGGAGAUUGUCCGGGACUCACUAGCAGCUCGUGAUGGCAGACUGGCCCCAGGGGACCAUAUCUUAGAGGUGAACGAUGUCAGCUUGGCAUCAGUCCCCCACGCCCGGGCCGUCGCAGUGCUGCGGCAGCCUUCCCUCCUCAGACUCACGGUUAUGCAGGAGAAAGGUUUCAAAUCAAGAGAUCUGCGGUCUGAUCAUCACCCUUCCUCUUCCACCGCUUCCACUGCCUCCCAGUCUACUCACAGUCCCCACGGCAACACUACCUCCAAUCACAACCCCGGCACAGUCCUGCAGGUGACGCUGAUGAAGAGUCAGCGCACCGAACCCCUCGGCAUCAAACUCAUCCGAAAAUCAGAUGAGAGUGGGGUUUUCAUUUUGGACUUGCUGUCUGGUGGUUUGGCAGCCAAAGACGGAAAACUGAGGAACAAUGACAAAGUGUUGGCCAUUAAUGGACAUGACCUGAGACAUGGUACACCUGAGAGCGCUGCCCAGAUCAUACAGGCCAGUGAGGUGCGUGUGAACUUUGUGGUGAUGAGACCUGCCGAGACUCAGGAGGAAGGAGGAAACAGCAGAGAGGGACAACACAGCAGAGCAGGCAGGAGGGCGCCUGAGCCACAGUACUUCAGACGCCGGUCCUCCUACAUGAAGGACCCUCCAGGUGGGUUUUCCAGCCAGGAGAAGACUGUUAGCAUGAAGAAGGAGCCUCGGCUUUCCCUGGGUAUCACCAUUGCCGGGGGGAGGGACUGUCGUAGCCGCCUGCCUGUCUACAUCACGAGUGUGCAGCCUGUCGGCUGUCUGCACCGAGACGGCACCAUCAAAAGAGGUGACGUUCUGCUGAGCAUCAACGGAGUCGAUCUGACCCAGCUGACCUACACUGAGGCAGUUUCUGUGCUGAAGGCUCAGACAGCUCAGUCCCAGGUGGUGCUCCGUGUCAUCCAGACCCUCUCUGAGGACUCGGAAGAGGAAACCGAUUCUGCCAACAAGGACGAACUGGACCCUAUGGAUGAUCCGCGAGAUGACACCCUCAACUGGACACCACUGUGGACUCGCUGGUUGGGAUUACCGAGUCACAUGCACUGGUGCCGGGACAUUGUCCUGCAGAAGACCAACAACGAGAGCUGGGGCUUCAGUAUCGUCGGGGGCUACGAGGAGAGCCACGGCCAGCAGCCUUUCUUCAUCAAAACCAUUGUGCCUGGUACCCCUGCUCACUUCGACGGACGCCUCAAGUGCGGUGAUGAGAUCGUGGCGGUGAACGGAGCCACAACGGUGGGAAUGAACAACUCAUCUCUCAUCCCCAUGCUCAAGCUGCAGAAGAAUAAUGUCACGCUGACUGUGGUGUCCUGGCCUGGCAGUCUGGUGUAGAAAACACACAUGCACAUUCACUCUCUCUGUCCUCUCUGUCACACAGGGACACACACUUUGUCCUGUUCAGCUGCAUUCUUGACUGGGCCACUCACUGUCCCCUCCAUAUGUAACUCAUUGUUUGGUUACGUUCUUGUCAAGGCUUUCGAUCGGUUAUGUAACCCAGCACAUGUGAGUACAUAAGAGCCAUCCUCUGUACAGUGGUACCUGUUUGUCUCAGUGUUGGAGCACUCACAGGGCCGUUUGAUCAGGCUGCAAAAAUGGUGACAAUCAGUGAAUUAUAUGCUAAAGACAAACUGUAAAGAUACUGAGAUGUUAUUUUUUUGAACACUUUUUUGAUUCUCUUCUGAAGCUUUAUAUUUUUUUCUUACGUAUUGGAUAAUUCAUUUAGUCACGACUUGAUUCACAUGAUUCACAUAAACAGCAUCUAAAGAUGAAAUGUAGAGCUUACAGUACAAGUAGACAGUGGUAAUGGUGAAUUAUAGAUUAUAGAUGACUUAACAGAAUGGCUGCUGACUGUAUAGACCAAUGCCAAAGACAGAAACAUCAUCCUCUCUUGUACCUGUUGUAUCACUAGUGGGAUUUUAUCAACUUUAUUAACGUUGCACUUUUAAAACGUGACAGUGAUGAAGCCAUGAUGGAAAUUUUAGUAAAAUGAAUCAAGGUAACAUUAAGAAUAAAAUCAACGGCUACAGCCACAUUGCACAAAUAGACUUAUUUUAACAGGGAGGUUAAAGAAAGCUAAGGAAAACAUGUACAGUCGGCUUUGGUCUGACAUUUUGAUGCUGGUGCAGACAAGACGGUUUAGUUUAAAGAAGCUUAAAGAGUCUGAGUUUAUUUCCUGUUAGCUCGCGAAUUUAGCAAAUGUUGCAGCACGACAUAAACUUGGACGCAUUAACGUUUAAAACUGUGAGUGAGUCUAUAGAAGCAAAUAAAUCUGUGAUGAAUGGUUGGUUAUCAUCUAAGGUGUUGUGAAUUCAUAAACAAGAUAACUUUUAAUUCAAUGCUUGAUUUACUAAUUGACACAUGUCCCCGUGCCAGUUCUCUGUAUUUAUCUAAAAUGAUACAAUGGCUCAUAUUGAAUGACUCUGAUAAGCCGGUGCCUUGUUGACACUGAAGGACAAACUAGAAUGUAUACUUGCCUUAAAUGGCCACUCUACCAAAAUGUGUUUCCCCUCUUUAUUUCCCCUCCCUACAUACUGUUUAUACAAAUUCAAAGGUGAAUGGCCUAGUCCAGAUAAAUUUGUUUUACUCUGUUCUUUUUGUGUCAAACAUUCCCAGUGGCCUUUCUUGUAUUUUAACUGAAGCUAGACUUACUGAACCAUUCAGAGCAUUGUCAUAGAAACAGUUUUUGAGUCAGAGUGGCUGUGAAAUAUUAUGUAUGCGUUGGCCCGUCCACUGUUUCAUUACAUUUAUUAAAAUCAUAAUAAAUCA